GUGGGGAGCAGCGUGCAGUGGCCGCUGGGAGUUGUAGUUCCCUGCGCUGGCAGCGUCGCCGACAUCGGUCUUCCCAACGAAGGGAGACUGUGUUAAUGAAAUGUAGUUCCACCCGUGUGUCCUGGUUGCCUUUGGCGACGGGGGCAGAAGAUGCGGGAGCCGGUGUGGGGCGGGCCCGGCCUGCGCAGGCUGCCCGAGCGGCGGAUCCGCAAGGCCCGCUUCAAGCAGCGCGACCUGCGGGUGCUCGUCGACUCGGUGAUGGAGCGGCGGCGGGACAUCUUCGGGCAGGGCGGGCGGCCACCCAGUCUACAGAGCCGCCGCCGGGCCUGGAUCUUCGUCAUGGAGCGGGUCAACGCCGUGUCCGGCACCCGGCGCUCCUGGGAGGAGGUGCGCAAGAAGGUGCACGACCUGAAGAAGAGCACCAAGGAGAAACUGGCCUAUAAUAGAAGGUCACGCCAACUAUCAGGAGGCGGCCGGCCGGUUGUCAAAGCCCUGACCGAGUUUGAGAAUGACAUGCUUGCUCUCUUUGGAAAGGAAACCUUCGAGGGCUUUGACCCAGGAGACCUUGCAGUAACAUCGCAACUGAGCGACCAGGGGGAAACGAGUGGAUCAUCCACCAUUGCUGCAAAUCGACGCUGCACGCCCGAGUUCCAAAUAUCCUCAGCCCGCCCUGAAGCAGGCACCAGUACAGGCACGCCCACCGCAGGAGAUGGUAGUGCGGAGGAUGAGGAGGCACUGGGUGAGUCACUGGAUGUUGGUGAGGAAGGAGCGGGACCGAUCCUAGUGGAGGAGGAUGAGAGGUCUUCUUCAUUUGAAGACUGGAGACCCACUGUACUGGGCUCACCGAUGGAGGCAGAUGCAGACACUGAUCUGAGUGGGCCUGCCUUCAAACGCAGGCUGUUGGAGCACGAGUUCAGUGUCGAGCAGAGGUUGGCCUCCAUUCACACCACCGUGGAAGAUGGCAUGGUCAUGUUGGACCAGCGGCUGAGUGCUCUGCAGUCUGCCAUCGUGCAGUUGUCAAUGCCAGUGGCCUCUGCAGUGGAAACCUCCCUAACACAGGCCUUGGAAACAGUCGGCACCUCGCUCGUGAAUGCCCAUACCUCUGCCAUUGAGGCUUUAGGCUCCAAGCUCCAAGAAGCCAUCAAGGCGGGCUUCGUCUCGCUGGGAGAAAGUCUGCAGGAGACCAUGGCGGAAGGGUUCCAGAGUUUCAUCGAAGCCCAGUGCUCGGUGCUCACACAGGUUAUGGGUCAGCAUGACAAGAUGGCCUCCAGCAGUGGAUCAACGCAAUCUCGGCCUGCAGGCAGUCACUCCGGCAAAGGCUCGCUGCCGACCAAGCAUCCUCCACAGGCAGCUGGAGGUGCCGCCCCGGAUAGGUUGGAAUCCAAAGCAGCUCAGCACCAGAGACCUCUGGCACUGAUGCAGGUUCAUCAGGGUUAGAUGCCGGUACAAUUUGCAGGACCUGUGUGUGCUCUACGUGGCUCCCCAGUUGGUCGGGUGGUGCAGACGAGCUGAAGGAUCAGCACUGCGUGACUCUGCCUCCUCCCGGCCUCAGUCUCGCUGCCCUCAACCCCGUCGCAGUCCCACUGACCGACCCAUCGCUGGAGCUCGGCGCAGCGAGUUCGCCCAGACCGCUCCCCCGCCAAGCACAACCUCUGCUCGGUCGGUGUGGAGCUGUUGAAGAUGUGCGUUUGUUUUAAAAUUGGAGUUUUUAAAGUUUUUUGGGCAAGGUCAGGAAAGUAAAUGCUGGCUGGCGGUGUGACUUGCUCCAUGGUCAGGCCAGUGGGGCAGGGAGAAUGGAACUGGAGCGGGCAAGCGAGGCAGGGAGGUCAAUAGCAGGCUGGGUGUGGUGCAGGUGAGUGGGCAGACAUAGAAUGGUGUAGGAUAACACGCCAGACAUUCACCCUUCCCCAGUUCCCAUUACUAAUUCAGAUCUUUUUAUACCUGGUCGAUGCUGCUGGGCUUGGGAAUGCCUGACUCUGCUUGUCCAAAUAGAGGUAUAAUGUUGUUUGGUAAAGCAAAUGCUUAAAGCUUCCUUCUGAUAUUCGUGGACUUUUGCUACCUGGGUGUUUAUUUAUCUAUUUCAUUGUCACAUGCAGGAGUAUUCUAUGGGAGCUUUAAGCAUUUAUAUUUCACAGGCUAAUAAUUUCACCCUCAAAAAAUGACUCGAUGUGCUUCAGGACGGCACAGUGGUGCAGGAGUAGUGGUUGAGUUGCUGUUUGGGUGAUUUCAUGGUGGUUUGAGCAGAUGAAGCAGGAAGGUACCGAGAAGGGUUGCCACGAUUUCCUGUAUUAGUUACGCUGAGCAGAAGGAAACAGAAAGAUAGGUGACAUAUUUGCCCCCAUUGAAGUAACCGCGUGGCCCUGAGAUUAGCGGAGUGUUGGCAGGUGGAAUUUAAUCCCGACAAGCUCAAGGUGUUGCAUAUUGGGAGUCAAAUAGAGGUAGGACUAACAGUAACGGAAGGACAUUAAGGGAUGCUGAUGAACAGAGACAGCUUGGUAUUCAAGUCCAAAUCUCCCCAAAGCAUAGAUAGGGUAGUGAAGGAGUUGUGUGGUAUGCUUGGGUCAACUUCUGUUGCAGCUGGGUGGAUGUGAUGGCACAGUGAGGGCACCUGCAUGGUGCCAUCUUGGGAAGGUCACAACUUGACCUGUUUCACUCAAGUUGACCUCAGUAUCUUAGGACAGAACAGUACAGGCCCUUCAGCCCUAUGUGCUGACCACGAUGCCAAGAUAAACUAAUCUCCUCUGCCUGCAUGAGAUCCAUAUCCCUCCAUUCCCUGCAUAUUCACAUGCCUAUCCAAAAGUCUCUUAAACGCCACUAUUGUAUGACUCCACCACCACCCCUGGCAGCAAGUUCCAGGUAACCCUCUCAAAACACAAAAACAGAAAAUAAGUGCAGGAAUAGUCAACACUGGCUUUUUCCCCAUAUUCCUUGAUUCCACUAGCCCUUGGAGCUAAAUCUAACUCUCUUGAAAACAUCCAGUGAAUUGGCCUCCAUUGCCUUCUGUGGCAGAGAAUUCCACAGAUUCACAACUCUCUGGGUGAAAAUGUUUUUCCUCAUCACAGUCCUAAAUGGCCUACCCCUUAUUCUUAAACUGUGACCCCUGGUUCUGGACUCCCUGAACAUCGGGAACAUUUUUCCUGUCUCUGCCAAUGUCCAAUCCUCUAAGAAUUUUACAUAUUUCUAUAAGAUCCUCUCUCAUCCUUCUAAAUUCCAGUGAAUGAAAGCCCAGUCGACCCAUUCUUUCAUUAUGCGUCAGUCCCAUAAUCCUGGGAAUUAACCUGGUGAACUACGCUGCACUCCCUCAAUAGCAAUAAUGUCCUUCCUCAAAUUAGGAGACCAAAAUUACACAAAAUGCUCCAGGUACGGUCUCACAACUGCAGUAGGAUCUCCUUGCUCCUAAACUCAAAUACUCUCGCAAUGAAGGCUUUCUUCAUUGCCUGCUGAACCUGCAUGCUUACUUUCAGUGACUGAAGUACAAGCACACCCAGGUCCUGUUGCACCUUCUGUUCUACUAAUCCCUAUGAUCUUCAUAGGUCAGGAUAAAAGUUGGGAGGUUUUGUUGCAAGUUUGCAAAACAUUGGUCAGGCUGCACUUGAGGUACUGUGCAUUUCUAGUCCAGAGGAAGGAUAGGAACUACUGGAGAGACUGGAGGAACUUCACCAGAUGCUCUGUCGAUUGGAGGACUUCAGUUAAAGGGAGAGCUUGGACAGGCUAGGAUUGCCCUUCCGAGACAAAGAAGUCUGAUGGGAAGGUAUCUAAACUCAUGAGAGACAUACGUAGGGUAGGUGCUCAGAACCUGUUUCCCAAGGUAGGGCUAUCAAAAACAAGAGGGCAUAGGUUUAAGAUGAGAGCUAGAUGUUUUAAAAGGUAUCGAAGGGGAAUGUUUUUGACACAGAAUGGUCUACAUCUGACCGUGAGAAGGUGGUGGAAUCAGAUACAAUCACCAUAUUUCUUUCAAGAUGGCGGUGGGAGAAGGAAAAGGUGAAAGUCGGCGGCUGUGAACAGUCCGUGAGCUCACUUCCCGCACCCUUGGAAAGCCCCCUAAAGUUCCGUGAGUGGCUUGGGAAGUGGGACACGGCGACCUAGACACAUGGAAGUGGAGGGGCGGGGUGGUUGGGGGCGGUGGUGUUGAUGGAGGGGACCACUGGAGACCCUGCAACAGCCGGGCAAGCGAACGGAUGGAGCGCAGCCUGUGCCACCUGCACUGAGCGACAGUGGAAGGAGCCGACUGCAUCGCGCUGGGCCAGUCCGACCCCUACUUCACCCAUCCUGUGCCGCCCAGACACCGGGCCUUAAAGUGAGAAAAUAAGAAACUGCUGAUCUCCUUGGACCAAGAUUGGACUUUUCAGAAACUUGGAAGUUGCAAAAUAGUGCUGGACCUGUUCCAGAAGAGGAUCUGAGGAAGGGUCCCGGCCCAAAACAUCGUCUGUCCACUCCCUCUACAGAUGCUGCCUGACACGCUGAGUCCCUCCAGCACUUUGCUUCUUGCCGAAUGUUGGCCUAAUUCCCCUACAAAGCUGCAAAAGAGGUUUUGCAUUUGGAAUGACAUCAUCCCAUUGGAUUCAAAGGCAGAAUUCAACAGGAAGUGGCCAGUCAAAUCACCCGACUGGUGUGAGCUGGCCGGGGAAAUGGUCACGACAUGAUUUAUUCUGGAUUAAACCAAUUUUCAUCAUUGUCGAAAGAAAGAAUGGUAUGUGAUCCAAUUUUACACACCAAGGUGCUCAGAAUAUUGCAUUGCACAGGAAUGAGAUUUAUAAAACACAUAUUCGUGAGCCUGUCUUGAAAUUGUAUUAUUAUUGAAUAGAUACCGUGCCUUCAUAAUGUUUGGGACAAAGACCCAUCAUUUAUUUAUUUGCCUCUGUACUCCACAAUUUGAGAAUUGUAAUAGAAAAAAAUCACAUGAGGUUAAAGUGCACAUUGCCAGAUUUUAAUAAAGGCCAUUUUUGUACAUUUUCGUUUCACCAUGCAGAAAUUACAGCAGUGUUUGUACACAGUCUCCCCCCCCCCCCC